UAUUCAAACAAACACUGUGACGUCAGGACACGCAAUGGCUGCUAGUGGCACAGCUGUAACGGUUCUCACUCCCAAUGGGAGAAGGCAAACAGUUAAAGUGGCUCCAAACACGCCGUUACUGCAGGUGCUGGAGGAAGUCUGCAAGAAGCACGGAUUUAACCCAGAAGAUCACGGUUUGAAGUUUCAGAGGACUAUUGUUGACCUGACGCGGCCAUGGAGGUUUGCAAACCUGCCCAACAACGCCAAACUGGAAAUGGUGACGAGUACGAGGAAACAAGUUAUAGCUGACAGCCAGGUGCGGAUUGCACUACAGAUGGAGGAUGGCUCUCGGCUCCAGGGUUCGUUCUCCUGUGGACAGACUCUGUGGGAAGUGCUCACACAUUUUCCAGAAAUCAGUGUGUUGGAGCUAUCUGACUCAAGAUCCACUCCUGUGUGUGUUUACAUGAGAGAUGAGGUGAGUGGCGAAGAAGAACUAAGGAAGGCCUCUUUGAAGUCUCUAGGUCUUACAGGAGGAAGUGCCAUUGUCAGGUUUUUACUCAAAAAGGAAAAAAACUCGGGAGAAAAAGCUGAAAUGGAUACACCCGCUAUGCCAACUACGCCCAUUGCCAUGGAAACCACACCCAGUCCAUCCCCGCAGCCCGAUCCCGCUCCAUCGGUUCCAGAGACGUCAGCAACAGAUGUGCCAUGCCCAGAUAAGACGGCGGAAACCCAAACUGUGCCAUCUUCUGCCACAUCUACAAUCACACUACCCGUUCAACAAGAAGACGCUUCAAACCCCCAGGAUGCCGUUCAACCUAAAGCCCCUCCCACAGGAAGUCAAACGCCAGAGGACGAUGGUGAAAAAGCAGGGCCGUCAGGACUAAACUGCCACCCAUCAUCUCCUACUUCUUCAGCUCCUUUCAUUCCUUUCUCCGGAGGUGGUCAGCGCCUCGGCGGUCCAGCUGGAGGAGUUGCACGUUCCCUCUCGUCAUCAUCAUCCUCAUCUCUGUCAGCGCUGCCCGCUGCUGUCGAGUCACCCAAAGCCAAGAAAGCCAAAUCCAGCCACGGUUCAAGCACAAAGUGUAAAACCACUACCAAGGUGCAGCAUGAUAGUAUGGGUGAUGCGGAGGAGUUCUUAGAGCCAGUGGAGAGGGAGCCUCUCAUCUACCACCUGGACUCGACAUCCCAUCAGUCUGAGGACUAUAGGGAUCUGCCGGACGAGUUCUUUGAAGUGACCAUGGAUGAUGUGCGGAAGCGCUUUGCCCAGCUGAAGAGCGAGAGGAAGUUAUUGGAGGAGGCUCCGCUUAUGACUAAAUCUCUGAGAGAAUCACAGAUAAAGGAGAAGAUGGAUAAAUAUCCCAAAGUGGUCCUGAGGGUCCAGUUUCCAGACAGAUAUGUUCUACAGGGCUUCUUCAGGCCUCUAGAGACAGUUGAUGCUCUGAGGCACUUUGUAAGGAGUCACUUGGAGGACCCUCAGCUCAGUUUCUACCUAUUCAUUACCCCUCCAAAAACUAUUCUGGAUGACCCUUCAGCUACGCUUUUCCAGGCCGACCUGUUUCCUGGUGCGCUCGUGUACUUCGGCUCUGAUGUCAAGACAGAUUUUUACAUGAAGAGAGAACUGCUCAAAUCCCCCGUCUCAGCCGUGCAAGCGAAUGAGUCCAUUGCAAGCUGCAUGCUCCAGUCCUCAACUCCCUCCUCGAGCUCUGGUGGCUUCAGGGAGCCGCUGCCUCCCCCAGAGCCUACAGUGGAAGCCAGCGGAUCCACACAAAACGAGGAAGACCCAUUAACACAAACCCAGGCAGCCAAACCUGCCAGAUCUGACCCGGGCAAGGUGCCUAAGUGGCUCAAACUUCCAGGUCAGGACAGAAAAUAGAGCACAAACACAAAGAGAAAGGAUCUGUGUUUAAAUAACACUGUGUUGUUGUUUUUUUAAUAAAGAAAUUCCAAGUGCAGUUUACAAGGUACAAUAACUGUUUCACGCAUCUUCAACAGCACAUGGAGUCGAACCUUGAAAUCAUGAAAGUGAGGUGCAGCCAAAAAGUUAUGAGAAGAAAAUGGUUGAUUUAUUAUUUCACUCCUUUAAGAUCCUCUCCUCGUUCAUCUAUGGCCCGCUGUGCUGGGCUGCUGUCAUUUCACACGGACUUCAAAUACAUAAACAUUCAGAUUGAAAAUUGAUGAGGAAAAGAUUGAAAAUUGAUCUGAAAUUAGUGAAAGAAACUCUGACAUUCACAAUCACGCCUCUCUCAAAUCCCAGUAAGCAUCAAACAAAUACCAGUUUGAGUCCACUGCCUUCUUUUAGUCCUCGCUGUCGGUUUGAAUAGUUAAACUUUCAGACCUGCACAAAGAAAACCUGUAGGCACAGCAGAACUGCACCAAACACGUUAGCUGCAAAAGCUCCUCCAACGCAUUUAACUCAGAAAGAAGCAUUGCCCCCCACCACCACUUUUUUUUUUUUUUUUUUUUAAUGUUGAGAAAGAACAGAAGGCUUUGAGGCACACGAUUCAUGUCAUGGUAAACACACACACACACACACACAAACCACAGCUAAUAGGACAUGGCUUUUUGAAAGCUGAAUUUGUGAUGACUCAGAGGAUCAGGAUGCAUGUAAGGAUGAUCCAAUUAGUUCAGGAUGGUCACCCCCUCCAGCCCAGGAGACCACUACAGACACUCAUCGUGCCCAGGGAGAGAGCCUGCUGCUGGGCCACAUCACACAGCACGAGCCCCUGUGGUCUGUCCAGUCCCAGCGCCUCUCUGUUGUUCUACUGUGGUUGUCUCUGGUGGUCACCGUAUUGAUGUUUUUGUUUGGUACAUGACUCUCUUCUUCUCUGUCUUCAUCUUGUUUGUGUUUCUGUUCAUUUUAUUUCUGGCUGAUCUCCGUGUGUGUCCUUGCGCUUCUCUGAAGAAAGUCAUGGCUGUUUUGUCUUUCAUGAGGAAAGUUAAAAGAAAAAGUGGGGAGGCUGGCUGAAUCAGGAAUUAUAGAUUCCAUGUGUGGACCACUACAGAGGACACACACACACGGAGCAUAUGAGGCUGGUUGGCAUGUCUUCGUUAGUGUGUUCAGUAAUGGGCAGAGUGUUUUGAUGCUUUCCCGAGGAUUCGGUAUUAGAGCCAGCACACUUGUAGUGUUCAGCCUUCUGGCGUCUUUCUGGCCCUCGAUUAAAGCCCGGCAUCUUUUAAACUAAACUUCUUCUCCUUCCUGUUUCACGAUGAUCUGCCUUGUGUCGUGCUGACUGGAUUUAUUGCAGGUUUCAUGCUGUGAAGGGUGUUUUGAAAAACAGCGCUGGGGUGGAUGAUACCAGGUUUGUUUUUAACUGGUUUUCAUUGCAUCCAGGCUCGGUGUUUGUGUAUUGAUCUGGACAACAAAGCGUGUUUAACAUAUUCAGGAUAUUUUUUCCUUAUCUGCCUUAAUUUACUCUGUCAUUAAUCAGCACAUGAAGGCAGUCAUCAACUUUCUGCGUGUUCAUUUUAAAGGACAAGUUACAAACAGUUUACUCUUAGAUAUGUCUUAUUGAUGCUUGCUGGUUAAAGAAAAAGCUUUUGAUGGUCUCUGUGUAACUUCAGACUCUCUCACUUUCAAAGCAUAGAGGUCUGAGGGUUCAACCAGGAAUGGUGGUCAGUAGGUGAUGGUUUUGUAUCUGUGGAUCUCUUAUGUCAAACAUGACCCGUUUCUGCUGGAGUUAAGGUCCAGAGUCAACCUGACAUAACUAAACAUGUCCAAAAUUCUACUUGGAAAUACAGUUUUCUAUAUGGUUUAAUGUCAUAAGUGGGUUGUUUUGAAUUUUGGCAUUUUGAGUUAUUAGCAACAUCAACUCAAAAUGCCAAAAUGAGACAGUGGUGAGGUAUGCUGUAGGAGUGACAGAUGAGUUCAAGGUGGGUGUGGGAUCACAUCACGGAUCUGUUCAGAGCCCCUUCUGUGUUUGCAGUGAUGAUGGACAGGCUGACCGAUGAGAUCAGGCGGGAGUCUCUGUUGAAUAUUGUGUUUGCGAAUGAUGUCACGAUCUGUAGUCAGAGGAGGCAGCUGGUGGAAGAGAGCCUAUAAAGGUGGAGGUAUGCACUGGAGAAAAGAGGAACGAAAGUUAGUCCAAGCAAGGCAGAACACAUGCGUGAAAAUACAAGGGUGGCAGGUGUAACAGUGAAGAAGUAGUGAACCUAACGAGUUUAAACACCUGGGUUCAGCCAUUCAAAGCAAUGGCCGAUGAACAAAAGAAGUGAAGGGGAGAGUGCAGGCAGGGUGAAGUGAAUGGCAACAUUUAAAAAUGACAGCGAGAGCAGCAGUGAUGUAUGGUUGUGAGACAGUACCACUGAUAAAAAGACAGGAGGCAGAGCUGAAAAUGCUGAGCUUUGCAUUGGGAGUGAUCAAAAUGGACAGGAUUAGAAAUUAGUAGACGUCUGUGAAGGUUCUCAGUCAUCCAGGUCAUCGUAGUCAAAGGAAUUUGCAAAGAAAAGCGUCUGGACUUCUUUAAGUUGCUUGAAGACGUUUCACCUCUCAUCCGAGAAGCUUCUUCAGUUCUAAGGUCAAAUGGCCGAGAGUCCCAGUAGUAGACAUUUCUCAGUUUAGGGACAGCUCCAACUGAGGGUGAGGACCAGGUCAAGGAUGUGCUCCGGCCCUGUGCUGCAUUUCUUCACCCUCUCUUUCCCCAUUUUUCUGUCUAUCUUUACUAUUUCACUAUCCUAUAAAGGCAAAAAUGCCCCCCCCAAAAUUGAGCUGUAAACCAACUGUUACUGCUGGCUCAAAAGAUUUGCAUGCAUAGAAACACCACUUACUAACAAAAGAUAAAAUAACAUGGUAAAAGAAAGGGACAAGAAGGAGGGGGUAACUAAAUGGGAGCUAAGAGAAAUACUGUUUAUAUUUUUUGUUGGCAGUGCGUUUAAUGCCUGCUUUCCCUGUCUUCUAAAGGUAAGAAGUAAAACUUCUGCUGUGCUAAGGGAAGGACCGACCGUGACAGACUGACGCAAGUUAAAUGUUCGCUAUGCUUCACUAGAGGCUCGGCUUUGUGACCUGCAGUGGAUGUAAUCCAUCAGAGCUGAAGCCGGGGUUUUAAAAUGGUUAAAAUAAUGAUUGAAAUGAUUGAAUGUGUUAAUUGUCAAGAAGAUCGGUGUGUUUGAUUCCUGCUGAUCUGGAAGAGUGCUGAGAGAAAAGUGUAGUGCAAAGUGAAUAAAGAUUGAUGAACAAA